AUGGAACUCAAGCACAUCAGCCCGGAGGACGUGGAGUUCUUCAUGAUGCACGGCUACCUCGUCGUCAAGAACGCGUUCUCGCGCGCGCAGGCGCAGGAGUUCACAAAGGACCUCUGGGUCCGCCUCGGGAUGGACCCGGAGGACCCGUCGACGUGGGACAAGGAGCGCGUGCACAUGCCCGCCCGCCGGCAAGUUGCCGUCAAGGACUUUGCGCCCAAGGCGUGGAACGCGAUGACGGACCUCCUCGGCGGCGAGGACCGCAUCGACCCCGCCGCGUCCGCGUGGGGCGACUCGUUCAUCGUCAACCUCGGCGUGCCCGCCUCCGCGCCCCCCGGCGCCGCCUCCGCGUUCGGCUCGACGGACCCGACCCCGGCGCACCUCGCGAACUGGCACGUCGACGGCGACUUCUUCGUCCACUUCCUCGACUCGCCCGAGCAGGCCCUCCUCGUCGUCCCCCUCUUCUCCGACGUCCGCCCCGACGGCGGCGCGACGUACAUCGCCCCGGACGGCCUCGCGCCCGUCGCGCGCUACCUCGCGGCCCACCCCGAGGGCGUCGUCCCGCUCCGCCUCUCCUUCGUCCCCGCGGACUCGCCCGCGCUCCUCCCCGGUGCGUCGACCGCGUCGACGAUGAAGCCGGAGGACGACCCCGGGUUCCGCUCGCACCCCGCGGAGGCGCGCAAGUGCCGGGAGUUCGUCGCGCUCACGGGCGACGUCGGCGACGUCGUCCUCCUCCACCCGCUCACCCUGCACUCCGCGAGCCCGAACGUCCUCGGGGUGCCGCGCGUGAUCACGAACCCGCCCGUGGCGCUGCGGGAGCCGUUCGCGUUCGACCGCGCGGACCCGGGGGAGUUCAGCGUCGUGGAGCGCGCGACGCUCCGCGCGCUCGGCGUCGACCGGCUCGAGUACGGGCGGACGGGCGCGCGGAGGCGCGUCGUCCCGCCGCGGCUCGCGGUGCAGGCGAAGCUGGCGGAGGAGGAGGCGCGGCGGCUGGAAGAUAUGGAACAGAAGCGUGCGCAGGCGGGCGCGACGAACGGCGGCGUGCCGCAGACGGUCGCUGUGGCUUGA